AGCGGAUGUUUGAGCUUUUCUUGGUAAGCUCGGUCGUGGCGACUGUAUGUUCAUUUUCGGCUUCGUGUGGUUAAUCGAUUUAUUCAGAUUCAAUCUGCCCUCUCUGCGUACGCAGGCAGGCAGGCAGCAGCAGGCCACUAGGCACUAAUCGUCUCUGCCGAGUUACUCGCAAAAGUCAAGCAGCGCAUUCCAUCGAGACCCAGAGAGCUGCCAGAAAGCUUCAAGAGGACAAGCGAGAGAGAGAGAGAGAGUACUCCGAAGUCAGAGCAGGCUGCAGCAGCAGGCGAUAGGAUAGCGUCAUCGUCAUCAGCGUGCGCGCGCGCCAGUGGAGAGCCAAGAGGAGGCGGCGCUUUUACGAGGACGACUCUUUUUCGUCUCUGCUCCGAAGAGGCAGACUGCGUACCGCUUUACUCAGUCACGGCGAGGCAAGCCGACAAAGUGUGUGCUCCUGUUCCGCGUGAGAAAGAGAGAGAACAUGUCGGACAACCGCCGACGCAGGAAGUCCCAGCAGUCCGACGACCUCUCGGACUCGUACGACGAGCUCAACACCACGAAGGAAACGCAGAGUAGUGAACACACAGAAGAGCACCAUGAUUCCGAGUAUGACACUGCAGGCAGUGAGUCAGAUACUGACUCUCAGGAUAGGACUCAACGUGAGAGUGGAGAUGGUCAGGAAGAGGAAAAACCUCAGAAGAAAUUAGAUGACGAUGAAGAUAGACGAAAUCCACAGUAUAUUCCUAAAAGAGGAACAUUUUAUGAACACGAUGAUAGGACAGCUGAUGAGAUAAAUAAUGAAGCUGCAGAAAAGGAGCCAGAGCGAGAAGUAAAAGAUAAAAAAGUAUGGAAAGAUAAGGAAGACAGAUGGGAUCAUGACAGAUAUAACGAUGAAGAGCAAGCUCCAAAAAGUCAUGCUGAAUUAAUAGCAGUUUAUGGUUAUGAUAUUAGAAAUGAAGAAGGACCUCCAAGAGCCAGAAGGAGAAGAAGAUACGGUCGUGGCCCAAACAAAUAUACUCGCAAUUGGGAAGAUGAAGAUGCUUAUGGUAAAGUAGCAGGUAGUGUGCCUAUUCAAAAAAGUACAAGAAAACCAAAUCGCACUGGUGAAGAAUUUCCAUCAUUGAAUCCAGUAGAUAAUGACGCUUCUUCAAAGACAGAAGAACAGCCAGUUAUCACUUCUGCUUGGUACAGUAACAAGAAUAAGGUACAUCCCAACAAAGCACAGAAUUUUCCUCCACUUCAGCAGACUGAAAAUCAGAAGGCUAAAACUAAGACGUUUACAAAUAGUCAAGCGAAUGAAAAUAAAGCACCAAACGAACGAAAUAACUCAGCAUGGAAGAGAGAACCUAAAAAUACUUCUUAUAUUCAGAAUGUAAACGAAACGAAUGUAGCUAGUGGUGAUACAGAAAAAAUUGUGAUUGUUAAAAACACACCACGAGAAAACAAACGACCGCCUCAAGUACACGAAUCCGUUAGCCUCGCAGCUAGUAAAGGUCGUGGUCGAGGCUUUAAAGCUAAUGCAAAUAAUAACGUGGUUGGUAGUAGAACGGUAGAAGUAAAACCAAAAGGACGUGGACCUAUAUCUGUAACUAUAGAUAAUAGGAGAAGUAACGAACAUGAACAAAUUGUCAACGACAUGAAACACAUGAAUGUAUCUGCAGAAGGCUCGUCAUACCAUCAUGCUGCAAGACAAAACAAGCAUUUUUAUACACAGCCAUCUAGUCAACAACAUUCGACCGUAGUUCCUCCACGUAUGCAACCAAGUCAUCCACAGCCGCAACAACAGCAGCCACCGCCACCACAACAGCAACAACCCCAGCAAUCACCACAGACUCAACCUCAGCCGGAUAUUGCUUCAAACAGACCUAAACGAUACUCAAGUCUUCGUCAAAGACCCACAAUUGCUGAGGGUCCGCCGAAUCCAACACAGCCGAAUUAUCAACCAGCUCCACAACAUACUUAUUACCCACCUCCUCAAGCUGGAAGUUCAAGAGCAGUUUUAGAAUCGUCAGGAUACCCUCCAGGCCCUUACGAGCAAACUACUCCGGUGCCAACGCCGGCAGCGCCAAUGGCAGGCCCGCAACCAGUGAUUCCGAUGCCCCCAGGUGCCCAGCCGACGAGCUACGCGCCGCCACCGUUCCUUGUACCAACCCCCCAGUUCAUAGCCCCGCAGACAGCACCGCCCAGCAUUAUUAACUACGUACCUGGUCCUAAUGGUCCACUUUUCCAGCCGAAUUAUCAGGGAUAUAAUCCCGCUGCUGUUCAGCCGGGACCACCACCUCCUCAAGAAGUUGGGCUCUAUCAACCGCAAGGUUGCACUUACUAUAAUCCACAACAGCAACCGCAACAACAGCAACAGCAGGUACCCCUUAGACGGCCGAAGGCAGCGAUUCCCAUACUUCCACCUCCUGAUAAUAUUCAGAAUCAAAGUGCUCGGCCCAGGGGUAGAAUUGGUCCGCAGCAAGUGCAAGAUCCUCAACAGCAGCAGCUCCAACAGCAGCAGCAACAACAAGAACAGCUAGUUCAACAACAGCUGCAACAACAUCAGCAGCAGCUGAUUCAAGAACAGCAACAGGAGUUACAGCAGCAGCAAGAACUUCAACAACAAAAAGAACAACUCUUACAACAACAGCAACAGCAAUUACAGCAUCAGCAUUUGUUGCACCAACAACAGCUAUUACAGCAGCAGUUAGAGCAGCAGCAACAGUUGGAAGUACGGAAACAAGAACAGCAAAAUAUAGAGCAAAAAGUAGCGGAGCCAUUGCAGCAAUCUGAUGAUAGUAGCAAUCAGAAGGUGGCGGAGCCAGCUGUUAUAGCAGCGGCCGAGAAGAUAGACGAAGUUAAGCCUGUUGAGAGUGAUGAAUUAAAGGUGUCAAACGACGCAAAAAUGGAUCUGGAAGAAAAGUUGAAUUGCUUGCCUUCUGUAGAGAAACUUGCUGUCACAGUGGAAGAGAAGGUGCAAGCACCAGUCGUUGUUGAAGCUGAAGUCGAAAAGAAGGAAACAUUGACUAAAAUAGAAGUUGUCGUACCCAAUGCUGUAGAAGAUAGUACAGUUGAAACGGUUGUAACAGAAGAACCGGCAGUAGUGCCAGUAGUUGAGGAGGCGAAGACGGAAACCCCGGUGUCGAAUUGCAUCGUGGAGGGCACUGCGAUAAUCGUCAGUAACAAAGCGGAAGAGCUUACGUCAAAGACUGCGGAGUUGGUGAGCAGCAAGAGCGAAACAGACUGUAGUAUUAAGGAAAGUGCUGUGAUCGAAGAAGCAGCUGCCUAAACAUAAACGAAAUAGAGAGCGUUCUUGUAUGUCUUCGAAAUUACUCCUUUUUAUUGUAACACUGUUACCAAUGGACUUAUUAUAUUACGCCGAGGCAAUUGACAUAACUACUUUGCAUCUCAUGAAUAACUGAUUAUAAAAUAGAAUUUAUCGCUUUUGCCGAUUUAAAAGAAGGAAUAAUGAAGGUUAAGAUCGAUUAGCAAAGUUUUUUUAUUAUGAUCAUGAUAUCGACGUAAGGACAAUACGUAUAUUUUUUUUUCUUUAAGAGACUAAUAUUGUUAGUUUAAAAAAAGAAUCUUUAUUUUGUUAUUAGAUUUGAUUUUUUUUCUGAUUCGAUAGGUGUAAUACCGAUGAAACUGUAAAUAAAAUUUGAGACAGACAGAUCGUAAUAGCGGUAAAGGCUUUUUUCCGUAUAUUUUUUUUUUUAUUUGUACAAAAACACAUUUGUAUAUCGAUAGUGGCUUAAUUCACAUUAAGAACGAAAGAGCUUUGUUACUGCACUUAGUGUUUUAUAACAUCUUAAAGGGGUGACAGCAAGCUUCAUAGAUGCUUUUCGACAAAUUUUUACUUUUACAUGAUCUUAAAGUAUAAGAGCGACUUUAGAAAACGUAAAAAAUUGUUAUAAUGCGUGAGGUUCAGAAAUUUUAUGAUAAAAAAAAUUUAAGGAAAAAAGAGUAAUAUUAAAAAGAAUAAGGCGUUUAAUACGAAUUCGCUUCGUCAAACUAUUUCCGUUGCUCCUGAACUAGGCGCUUCGUUAAAUGCAUUAUGCUGCGGAAUAAGUAUAUUCAGCGGCGAUAAAGAUGUCAGAUUUAAGCUGCUCGAUAAAUAAUAAGCGAAGAACAAACUGCGUUUUGAUAUUAUCGUCGUAAUUCUCACUAUUAUCAUAUUCGUUGUUUCUCUUUUGUUUGCAACAAUAGCGGGAGAAAUAACAAAUUACACAAUAGCAGACGUCGCCUUAGCGUACGUAGGUGUACCAUUAUAAGAAUUAUUCUAUACAUCAUUAUAUGUAAAGAAGCGAACAUUGCACUAAUGUUCAUACGUUAUUAUAAACAAAGUGAAAUAAUGUCAUAUAUGACUAUUUUAUAUUUUGUAGUCUAUUGUUCAAUCAUGGCAUUGAAAAUGAUUUAAGUAAUCAAGAUUCGCGUCCGAAGAUGCUAAUUAAUUAGGAAAAUAUUUGAAUUAUUGUAAAUUAUUCUGCUUGUCUUUAAUACUGAUAAACCGCUUGAUUUUUUCUUUAUAUUAUUUCUUUCUACUAAAACUAUUUUUAUGAAACAAAAAAUAAUGUCCCCCUUACCUUUACUAUGAUUCGUGUCUUUCAAAGCAACUAAAUAACAACAAAAAUAAUAAUAUUUCAAAAUGUAUAUUGUAAAUAACAAAAAUAUAGAAAAUGAAGUAAAAAUCUAAGACUGUC